AUGCCGGGCGCGACACAGCCAGAGUCGCGUUCUCCCUCUCCCGUGCCGCCCCCGCCGAUUGCAGACACCCCAGGCCCGCGCGCUCAAGGUCUCAUAAACAUCUACAACCAGGCCGUCGACGCGACACUCAAGAAGUGCUCCACCAGCAACUUCGCGUCAUGUUUCCCCACGGUCCCAGCCGAGACGCUGGAGCAUCUACGCACUCAGGUCCUCAACCAGCUUCAGCGCACGUGGAAGCUGAACUUCGAUGAGAUAAUGGCAAAGCGCAAUGUUGUCCAGCUGCUCAACUCUUUGGACCAGUGCAUUGAGGAUGCAAGGCUGCGAAAGAAGCGCGCCGAGGCCAAUGGGGGGCCUGUGGAAACACCUGUGCCACCUCACACGCUCCCACCCACCGAAAUCCACUUGGCGCAUCUCAUGCCGUUCCUCGAAGCGCAGGCUGCUGAGAUGAGCACGCGACUCGCCGAUACCCAGCAAGCCAACACGCAAUUGCUCUCCGCCGUUACUGCUCAGCGUGCCGAGAUAGAAGCUUUGGUUCACGGCCUUGAGGACGUCAUACAAGAUCUGGAGACCAGUGCGCAAAUGAUGGGCCAGGAAGAGGUCCAAGGCCUGAGCAAGGAGAUGCGAGAGCUGGAGAAGGAGAUGAUGAAGUGA